GGAGCCCUGCUCGCCCCAUCCUCAAGCUCGCUCGAUAGAAUUCACGCCUGCUCACGAGACGAGACGAGAGUCCAGACAUAAGGUGCGCCGCCCAUCCAACGGCUCCCGCUCUCAGCAGCGGCACUACCCACCCCUAGCCAAGUGGGAUCACGACCACGACCGCAGCGCACCGCACGAUGUCCCUCAUCUUCAGCGCCAGCACGACGCGCACGUGCCUCUCCGCCGUCGCGCCCUUCGCGUCGCUCCCCGCGUCGUACGUGACCUUCCCCGUCGUCACCCCCGAACCCCGCCCCGCCCCGCGGACGAUCGUCGUCCUUUCCCCGCCCUCGGGCUCCGGUGCGCGCAUGGACGAGGGCUGGGAGGAGAUCGAGCUGCGCCCGAUGGGCGUGGCCGCCAACGGCCACGGCCUGUGGGAGAGACCGAGUGCGCAUAGAUUCGGAGGAGUGGACGAGGGAGCUCGCUUGAGUGGGCGCAGGGCCCCGGUCACGCGCACCGAGACGACCACCUCCGGCUUCUCCGCGCGGCCCCUACAUGAGUCGACAUCCGCGCCCCGCGCCCGCUCAGCCCACUCGAGGUUCGCCUCUACCCGGACAUUGUUUGCUCGGGGCGCGCCGCCCGCGCCGAUGCUGGCAGAGCAGGGCACGCGACUGUGUGACGCCGUGAAGGCGGCGAAGACGACGUUGUUCUCGAGGACACGGAGGGCGUUCAACACUGUGUUCCCCGCUCUGGAUGUGCGGAACCGGGGCGGAUAUGUGCGUCUACGGGGGCGGCAUCAGCGCUGAGCUGCAUGCGCCCGCUCGCCCGUCCUUCGACUACUACCCUGCAUAAUCAGUGCGGAUGCCCUGCGUGACGUGCUCAGUGGCGAGUUCGCCUUGUCCGCGGCUAACGGCCGCGACGUGCUUGUGCUUGUGCUUGUGCUCUUUGCCCCUCCUG